UUUUGUAGACACGCCCCUCCCUUGCCUACGUACGUUGUUACGGCUUCAGUCAAAACGUUGAAGCAGUACGAAAACGGAGCGUCGGCACGACUCAUUUCGUAUCAGUCAGUGUACUAGUAAACAUCAGACAUGCCACCGAAAACCAGCGGUAAAGCGGCUAAGAAAGCAGGCAAAGCCCAGAAAAAUAUUUCAAAGGGCGACAAGAAGAAGAAACGUAAGCGCAAGGAGAGCUAUGCCAUUUAUAUUUACAAAGUCUUGAAACAAGUCCAUCCUGACACGGGCAUUUCGAGCAAGGCGAUGAGCAUCAUGAACAGCUUUGCGAAUGAUAUCUUCGAGCGUAUAGCGGCCGAGGCAUCGCGUUUGGCUCACUACAACAAACGCUCUACAAUCACUAGUCGGGAAAUUCAGACA